UGUGUUUCUAUUUUCUCCAUCUUUCCAUCCGACCCGGAACUGCUCUGGCGCACACACAUGCACACACGCACACACACACACGCACACUCUCUCUCACACACACACACACCGAGAGGACGCUCCCCUGCACGCAUCUCACAUUUCUGUGUCCCUAUCAAACUCCGCCUCGCGCUCCGCUCUUUCUCCGCCACCCACCCGCUCACUGACACCGAAUACCAACCGACCUCUGCGGGCCGGACCGGGCCGGACCGAGCCGGAGCAGAACAACAGUAUGUCUCUGCAGCUCCCCCCGUGCGUGAUAGACUGCGGGACCGGGUACACAAAGAUCGGCUAUGCAGGAAACACAGAGCCCCAGUUCAUCAUGCCUUCCUGCAUCGCCAUCAAGGAGUCAGCCAGCGUGGGUGAGCAGGCCCAGAGGAGGCUUGUACGGGGAGUCGAUGACCUGGACUUCUACAUUGGAGAUGAAGCCGUAGACAAACCCAACUAUGCAACCAAGUGGCCUAUCCGUCAUGGGAUGGUGGAAGACUGGGAUCUGAUGGAGAAGUUCAUGGAGCAGGUCAUUUUCAAAUACCUGCGAGCUGAGCCUGAAGACCACAGCUUCCUCAUGACAGAGCCUCCUCUCAACACGCCAGAAAACAGGGAGUACCUGGCUGAGAUCAUGUUUGAGACCUUCAAUAUACCUGGACUCUACAUUGCAGUACAGGCAGUUCUGGCUUUGGCAGCAUCAUGGACGUCUCGUCAGGUGGGGCAGAGAACUCUGACCGGCAUUGUCAUCGACAGCGGAGACGGAGUCACACAUGCCAUCCCUGUGGCUGAGGGCUAUGUGAUUGGCAGCUGUAUAAAACACAUCCCUAUAGCAGGGAGGGACAUCACCUUCUUCAUCCAACAGCUACUCAGAGACAGAGAGGUGGGGAUUCCUCCGGAGCAGUCCUUGGAGACCGCCAAGGCCAUCAAGGAGCGCUACUGUUACAUCUGUCCAGAUAUCGUGAAAGAGUUCACAAAGUAUGACUCUGACCCAGGGAAGUGGAUCAAACAAUACAGAGGAGUUAAUUCCAUCAGUAAAACUGCUUUCCACAUCGACGUGGGCUACGAACGCUUCCUGGGCCCUGAAAUCUUCUUCCACCCUGAGUUUGCUAACCCAGACUUCAUGCAGCCGAUCUCUGAUGUUGUUGAUGAAGUCAUCCAGAGCUGUCCAAUUGAUGUGAGAAGGCCGCUCUACAAGAACAUUGUGCUCUCUGGAGGAUCCACCAUGUUUAGAGACUUUGGAAGGCGGCUGCAGAGAGACCUGAAAAGAGUGGUGGAUGCCCGGCUGAGACUGAGUGAAGAGCUGAGUGGAGGGCGAAUAAAGCCAAAGCCGAUUGAGGUUCAGGUCGUCACACAUCAUAUGCAGCGUUAUGCUGUGUGGUUUGGAGGUUCCAUGUUAGCAUCCACGCCGGAGUUUUUCCAGGUGUGCCACUCGAAGAAGGACUACGACGAGAUUGGCCCGAGCAUCUGUCGACACAACCCAGUGUUCGGCAUCAUGUCAUGAUGGUGGCAACAGCGACACAAGGCUAGCCUGUUAGCAUAUUAGCCUGCUAGUCACCAGCCACUUAGCUGUUAGCUCAUUAGUGUUUGCCCCACUCAGUUUUUAACCCACGUGGCUACUAGCCUUUUAGUGGGCUAGCCCAGUCUAAUGAAGGUCUGGUAAAUGAAAAGCACAAGGUUAUAUAGAAAAUGAUAAAUAUUUAUUUUAAUACAUUUACUCCACAGAGAAGUUGUUUUAUCUAAAAGUGAACUGAACUGUUGAAGCCUGUGGUGUAGCUAGCCUAUUAGCCAUCCAUCGUGUAGCACUGAGGAUGCUGCAGCUUUUUUUAUUUUUCCUCAUUUAUUUUGUGUCUGCGAUUCAGGUGUGGCAGUUUGAUCAGAAAGUUUUGUUCAUCUGGUCACAUGAUCACCUGCUGAAGCUUCAAGCUAAAAGCAGCAUCACGUUAAGCUGGCACAGGUGCUGCACGAUGAGCCUGAGGAAGAAUGCUGGAUGAGUUUCCUCUUCCUCUCCAUCUCUUUCUCUUCUGCAUGCGUCUCGGUGUUUGUAGACCUGCUGAUGCUGCUGUUUCAGCUCUGUGAUCACAGGGCUGAGUAUCUCAGACUGAUUCUUGUUCUUGUUUAUUUUCUUUAAGCCAGCAGAGUUUUGGACUCUGUAAUCAAACAGACGUGCUGCAUCAUGUUGUCAGAUGCUUCAUCAGUUUAUUGCGUGUGAUACUGAGAGGAAAUGUUUUAGUUCUUCAUUUUUCAUAUUGGUUAUUUCUGAGUUUAGCUGUUUUUGUAGUAUCAUAAUCAGGAGAAAAUCCCACCCUGUCAUUGGUUUUGGACAAUUGUGUGUCAGGAUGAUGGUCUGAGACAGUCUGCCUCACAGAUCAUCCUCCUCUUCCUCAGAAUCUAACCUUUUUUUUUUACUUAUGUUGAUUGUUGAGGUGAGUUUAACUUGUUUUAAGAAGUUUCUUCUUUAAGAUAAGCAGAACACCUUAAAACUUACUAAAGAUAUCUGAGGGAUAAGACUUUACAGAUUUUAUAUUUAGGAACUUAAUUUUUACUAUUAGGAUCAUCCCAACUUCAGGUUCUUUGUGCAACUGGUCCUGAGCUCUUGAACUCCUGGACUGAUCCUCUAAGAUAAAGCUCCAGAAAUCUAGUGAGAAAGCAGAGAAAGACCACUCUAUAUAAUCAUCUUAAUGCAUGUGCAGAGCUGAAAUGCACCAAAAGCAUCCUGUCACUCACAGGUUUUGUUUCGAUUAAAGGGAAGUGUUUAAUUUUGCUGGUCGUCAGCAGCUGCAGUGAAAUUUAUUGCAUUUAUUUGUGUUUGUUGUUGUCUCAAACAACCUCCUGUGUAUUAUCCCGAAUGUGCGCAUGUUGCUGCUUCUCAUCUCAGACUGUUUAUAUUUGUAAACAACUAACAGAUCACUAUAUUAUUAAUACACGUGUGAAUACUGUAUAUUGUGAGAGAGCACUGAGGCUGCAAGCUGAUCCAGGGUCAGGUCCAAACCACAGGUAACCAUAUUAAAGUGUGGUGCAUUCAGGUUUCAGGACAAGCUCCAGUCUUCCAGACCCACAGAGAAGAUGAGGCUAAAGUCUAAACUUACUGCAGGUCCUCUGGUGUCUUGGAUGUCCAUGUACAUGAUGUUUGUUUUUUUUAGCAACAUUUAAAAGAAACAAGGAAUCAGGAACAUGAGUAAAUGUAUCAGUACGGAGGCCCACAGGGGUCAAGUGGGAUCAACCAGCAUUCAUGCACAAUCAUUCUGAGAAAAGCGACACCUGUUGCAGGUAAACACUUAUUUUCUGGUUAAUGAAUGAAGCAAGUGCAGCUUUCCAGUGACUGCCCCAGUUAAACCCUCACACAGUGUGUUUGAUUGUCUCACCUGAAACAGGACCUGCUGGUUUGGACUGACCAUGUGAAUAAGUGACGUAGUUUGAUGCUGAUCUGCUGUCAAUAAACUGAUUUAUCACAG